CAGAAAUUGGUAAAAGCCUUUUGGAGAAUAAUAUUACAUUAAAAUCAAAAUACGAAGGAUUAGUUGUACAAUUACAAAGUUUACAAAGACAAAGACAAAAGGAUACCAUUUUUACUUUACAAGCUAAUGCAACCGAAAAACCAUUGGCUGUUCCAAUAGCUCCUCCAAGCAGUUCACUGGAUCCUUCUGGUUACGAAGAUGAUGAUUAUGAUGUAAGUGACAACGAGUCAAAUAGUGGUUGGAGCAGUUCUUAUGGUGUAUCUUCACCGAUAUCUCCAAUUAAAAGAUCUCACAGUAAACGUGAUCAUCAACAGAAUCAACAACCUAAGUUAACUUUCAAGGAACUUGAGAUUAUUAAAGAAUUGGAGUUAAAGAAUCAGGAUCUUCAAACAAGACUUGAUGAAGUGAUAAAAGAAUAUAAUGAAACUGAUAAAAUCGACAAAGCAAAAAUUCGUAAAUUGGAAUCUGAUUCACAACAUUAUCAAGAAGUCUAUUCACAAGCAACUCUAAGAAUCGAAGAUCUUGAAAAAGAAACUGAACGAUUGAUUCAAAAACAAAAAUCAGAUUUUUGGCAAUUAAAAUAUAAUAAAAAAUCAUCAGAAAACGAACAAUUUAUUGAAGGUUUAGUAAACAAAGUGGCCGAAUUAGAGGAACAAAAUCUUCAUAUUGAAAGGCAAAAGGCUGAUACUGAAAAAAAAUUGGCUAAAAUCACAAAUGAGUUAGAUAUUUUACAAGAUCAAUGUAAUCAAUUAAUUGAGGAAUCUAAAGAUUAUGAAAUGCUGCAAUUACAAUCUAAACAACAAACAGAACUUAUCGAUGAAUUGGAGGAAACUUUAGAAUAUGAACGUUUAAAAGUUGUUAGUUUAAGGUCAGGAAGUAUGUAUUCAAGACCGGGGUCAAGAUCGGCUUCAAGAUCAAAUUCUUUUUCUCUAAGAAGGUUAAGUAAUCCUGAUGCAAUGAGAUCUUUAUUCGGUGCUGCUCCUCAAACACCAACAACAAGUCUCACCCAUCCAAGUGGUGGUGCAUUAGAUGGAAAAAUUAAAAGAACUUUAUUAUCCGAAUUGGAAAAUGAAUGGUUUCGUGAACUAACAUUAUUUCAACGUGAUCAGAAAAGAACUGAAAACGGUAACGAGUCGCCGCUUUUUUCACCGGCAUUAUCAGAAAAAGAUUUAUCUGAAUUUUUCUUACCUGGAUUGAUUUGGAGAUGGGUUAAAUUCAUGUUUAUUUUAUUCGCUGCAAACAUAAUGGCAAUAUAUCGUGGUCCUGAUGAUAUUUUACCUUGA